AUGGAUUCGCCGGAUGCCAAGCGGCAACGCCUGGACCCUACCUCGUCCUACAAUCUGCGAUGCCGCACCCUGGUGACCAGCAGUAGUAUCGACCCACCGGACGCCAAGCGCCAGAGGCUGGACACGGCUGCGUCGCAGAGCAGCACGUCGACGGUCGGCCCUCCCGUCGUCGCCACGGAUUCAAGGAGCGUCGCGUUUCAUGUGACGUUUACGGCCGGCCCCACAGAAACGAAUGAGGACCGCCUCUUUGCCGGCGCCCAGAGCCGCUACGGCAGCUUCAUCGCUGGCGUGAAUACCGCCGGCCAGGGGAUAGUAAUCAUGCAGAUUGACGAUGUCAUCCUCAGCAGGCUGGAGAGCAGCCACGCGUUCGGCCACCGCGUGACGUUCGCCAACAUGGAUUCAGCUUCCCUGCCGCCUUUCAUAACUUCUCGUUUCGCUGGGGUGACGGUGGGGCAGUUUAAAGUCUCCUCAGCGACGCGGAUUUCCGUGGAGCCCUCCUCCGCUGUCCCAAUGCUCUACAGCGCCAGGCUUCGGUUCCCCGCUUACGAUGUCGGCAGCGACAGGGCCCGCCCCGAAGACAAGCACGCGUCGGAUGGCAGCGCCCUCCUGCUCAUCCCACACGGCGGGAUGUUCCGGGGCGGGCCGUUCUGCAAGUUUAAGGCGUGGGUCGCGUGCGGCAACGGUGACAGUCCCGACGCCGGACGCGUGGAGCUCGCCAUCAGGGAGUCCGCUCCCGACGACUUCGUCGCUCAGCUACAAGCAGCGGCCGAUAGCAGCACGCCCCUUUACGUGUAUGGUGCCAAGAUCAGCCCCUCCAAUAACAAAGCUUAUAUGAAUAGCGUCUUCCUCAGCGGCUCGCUUGUAGCAGCAGCGAGUGCCCCCGGCAAACGCCCUCCCAAACGAGUGCACACCUUCCAGGCGGCUGUUCAGCGAACUACCACGGCCACCGUGCCCGCCGACACAACUGAUAUGGUAUUGGCUUGGGAGCAGCGUAGCCGCAGUGCCCUUGUUUUACCGUCGGAUGGUCCACACGCCUCGGCCACCCUGUCACCCAACCCCACUUCUGUCACUGUAGUCGGCUCACUACCGGUCCUCCCGCUCGUCCUCACAGUCGGCAGCCGCAGUUAUCCGGUGUGCACCGACAGCAUCGCCGUCAUGCAACAGUUACCGAACUACGACGAGUUCUUCGGCAGCGCCAGCUUCGCAGACGAUAAUGAUCGUAUGGCAUACACUGCUUACGACUCAUUCACCGUCACCGGUACCAUCACCACCAAGACAGAAGGGCUGGGUGCAUUCUGUGCACUUGUGGGUUCGACUCCCACACAAGUUGGCGGCGUCCCUCGCACCUACACUGGUUCGCAUGUGUUGAAGCUGCUGCUCCGGCAAGCCUUCACGCUGUUCUCUUCGGUGGCUUCCAGUAGGCGCGCUGCACGUUGCCACAACGGAUGUCGUGCCAGUACACCGUCCUGCCGCCUAUGCGGCGCUGCUGGCUGCUGCCGAUCGCGCGACCAUGCAGGCACCGCGGCUUCUGCCAUUCACCAUGCACUCGACAGGCACCACGGCUUCUGCUAUUCACCAUGCACUCGACAGUCCCCUUCGCUAACACAUCCGGAACCAUGGAUCUUACCGUUCGUCCGUCCCUUCGAAAUGCAUCUUGCCUGCAGCGGCUCUACUGUGUAUGGCAGUCCUUCUGGAUCCAAGUCGUACCGGGCUAUGGUUGGUGAAGAAGAACGGCCCGAGUGGGACGCGGACGGCAGUGUCGUCUUUCCUGAGGCCACGCAAACUCAGAAUCUGUUUGACGAUGUUGCUGUCCGAGUGCCGACUCGGGCCGUUCCUCUCCACCACCCAUACCCUAUCCAGCAUACGAGCGCCGUUGGAAGCGACAUCGCCUCUGCACACCAACUAUUGCUUCCACGUUGCUUGGCCGUGUUGGUGUUCGGUGUGUUGGUCGUCAGCAUCGUUGCCAGCGUCAUGGCGGCGGUGGCGGCUGGACAGGAUUGUCUGCUGUAG